AUGGACAAUAUUACUUCUUUGGUUCAAUAUGGAGGCAAGUGGAAUGAAAACAACGAGUACCAAGGGUACACAAUGACUGGGAUAUUAAUACCACCAAAUUGUUCUCUUGACAACUUGGUGAAUUUGAUAAAAAAUGAGAUAAAGGAAAAAACAGCAACUAUUGAAGUUUCUUAUCAAGUAGAAAAAGGAACACCACCAAUGAAGGUUGUAACAGACAAUUCAGUGUUGUUCUUUCUGGAAAUAAAGAAAACAGUUACUGCAAAAAUAACAGAUUUACCAUUGUGUGCCACUAUAGUUCAAGAAUCAAGCAAUGAAAAUGACCUUCUACUAGCAAAUCAAAAAGUUAUAGCAGGAGAAAUGGAGGUGGGGACAUUAUUAAUGCAAGCAAAUCAAGCUUCCAUCAAUGAACAAAUGUUACUUGAAGAAGGAAUGUCAAGCACAACAAAUGACAGCAUAAAUGUGUCAUACAUACCUCAUUUUGCUGAAGAAGUAGCUGAUUUCAUAAUUGAGGACAAUACAAAAAGAAAAAAGAAGUUGGAUGAAAUCCAACUAGUAAUAUCUUAUUACAGAGUCAACACAAUAGAGCAAGGGCAAAUUUACAAGAAUAAGAACACAAUCAAAUCAGCUCUUAGCUACUAUGCAAUGCUACAUAACUUCCAGUUCAAAACAAAAAGAUCAAAACCUAGAGAGUACCUAGUUACUUGCGCAGAUGAAACAUGCAACUGGUUGGUGAGAGCAUCUAAGUACAGAAAUCAAGAUUUAUUCAAGGUACGAAAAUGUAAUCCAAAUCACACGUGCUCUGUUGAAAUUGUUUUGGAAGACCAUAGGCAAAAAAAAAGCAUCGUAGUUAGGGAAUCAAUAAAGAAUAAGUACAAGUCAAUCAAAAGAAAUUACACUCCAAAUGACAUCAUGAAUGAUAUGAAUGAUGACUUCGGAGUAACUAUGGGAUACAAAAAAGCAUGGAGAUCAAGAGAGAAAGCUUUGCAUCUAGUAAGACGGAACCCCGAUGAUUCAUAUCAAAAGUUGCCAAUAUAUCUUUACACGUUGAAGCAAACAAAUCCAGGAACAAUAACACACCUACUCACAGACAAGGAAGAUAGAUUCAAAUACCUAUACAUAGCUUUCUCUAACUCAAUCAAGGGUUGGAGAUACUUAUGGCCUAUAAUUGUUGUUGAUAGAACUUUCUUGAAAAAUGCACAUGGUGGUACCCCAACAUCAACGUUAGAUUCAAACAACAAUAUUUUCGUGUUGGCUGUUGGAAUAGCAGACUCUGAAAAUGAUAACUCAUGGCUUUGGUUCUUCUCCAAACUGAGAGACACCUAUGGAGAACCCGAAGGAUUGGCUAUAGUUUCUGACAGACAUAAGAGCAUAGACAAUGCAGUACAUAUGGUGUACCCAAAUGCUUUCCAUGGAGCUUGCAUGUUUCACUUACUCAAUAAUUUGAAAGACAAAUAUGGGAGCCAUGGAAAAGAGCUACAAAUGAAAUUCAUUGCAGCAGCAAAAGCAUACACAAAGACAGAAUGUGAACACUACAUGAGAGGCCUUGAUAGAAUUGAUAGACGCAUUAGGCCCUAUUUAGAAAAAGCCAAGUAUGAAACUUGGGCAAGAUCAUACUCGCCAACAAAAAGAUACACCAUGAUGACAUCCAACAUCGCAGAAUCACUUAAAGCUGCAAGAAAUCUCCCCAUUGAUAUCUUGGUUGAAUGCCUUAGAAGUUUGGUUCAAAAGUGGGUUUGGAAUAACUCAAAUAAUGCAAAUGGAACAUUCACAAAAGUCUCUACAACAACAGAGAAUGAAUUGAGACAUGACAUUGUUUCAAAAAUGAAGUAUGAGGUCUUGCCUUUCAACACAAUAGAAUACCAAGUUUGUGAUCAAAAGGGGAUAAAUUUCACAGUAAAUAUACAUAAUAGAACAUGUACUUGCAAUAGGUUCCAAGAAGAUGAAAUACGUUGUGGACAUGCAGUAGUUGUCAUUGCAAAGAGAAACUUGAGUGUGUAUGAUUAUUGUGCAAAAUUCUACAGAACAGAAACGUUGAAAGCAUUGUAUCAAGAAAAUGUUCAUCCUUUGCCCCAUAAAGAUGAAUGGAAUCUCCCACAACACUUGGACAUAAUAGUGCUGCCUCCAAAUGCAACAAUCUCUGUAGGAAGACCAAGAAAUAAAAGAAUAAGAUCAAGAGGGGAACAUAAAGUAAUAAUCACCUGUGGGAAAUGUGCGCAACCAGGACAUAACAGGAAGACUUGCAGGAAUCCUCCAUUUGAGAAGCCAAACAAACAGAAAAAGCCAAAGAUAUAG